UAUUUGCGCUUUAUUAGACCGUUUCUUUGUUUCCUGUACAGUGGGGUGAGGGGGUUGUGUAAGACGCAGCUCAGACUCGCCACUAGAUGGCAGCACUGUCUAACCAAUUAGAAAAAUAGCAAUAUUCCCAACUCCAUAUCGCAAGGAUGUGGACUGUCCCUUCCUGUUUUAGUGCCGAGAGAGCCACCGUAGCGCCUCAGACAGUAGCAGGAAUACAGGCACCCACAACGCGAUUAUGUCCGGAUUUUCGCCGCGUUCGUCGGGCACACGGAGCCGCACUACGCGCCGCGGGCUGCACCGCUUUCGCUGUUAGGGGACGCGGUUAUGCUGUUCUCCCGGUAGCUGGUAACAUAGCAGGCCUGUUUAUUGCGCUGCCAACCCUUGUUCCUUUCCUGUGUCAAUGAUUGUCCUCCCCUCAGUCUCUCAUGGCGGAGACUAAAAUAAUAUAUCACAUAGACGAGGAGGAGACUCCUUAUCUGGUCAAGCUGUCUGUUCCUCCGGAGAAAGUCACUUUAGCGGAUUUUAAAAAUGUCCUCAACAACCGACCCGUCAAUAGCUACAAAUUUUUCUUUAAAUCCAUGGACCAGGAUUUUGGGGUUGUCAAAGAGGAGAUUUCCGACGACAACGCCAAGCUGCCGUGCUUCAACGGGCGGGUGGUGUCCUGGCUGGUCCUGGCAGAGAGCGCUCACUCUGAUGGAGGGUCUCAGUGCACGGAGAGCCACCCAGAGCUUCCCCCUCCCCUCGAAAGAACGGGGGGCAUCGGAGACUCGCGACCCCCCUCAUUCCAUGCCAACGCAGUGAGCAGCCGCGACGGCCUGGACACGGAGACGGGGACGGAGUCUCUGCUGAGCCACCGCAGGGAGCGAGAGAGAGAGCGCGCACGCAGGAGAGCGAGAGAGACCGAGCUCCCUCGCAUCAACGGUCACUCUAAAUCCGAGCGCACCGCCAGGGACUCGGCCAUGGGUUACGACAGCGCCUCGGUAAUGAGCAGCGAGCUGGACUCCAGCUCAUUUGUUGACAGCGAGGAGGAUGAGGAUGCCAGCAGGCUCAGCAGCUCCACAGAACAAAGUUCUUCUUCGCAGCUCAUGCGCAGACACAAGCGGCGCAGACGGAGACACAAAAUGGCCAAGAUAGACCGGUCCUCAUCUUUCAGCAGCAUCACGGACUCCACCAUGAGCCUCAACAUCAUCACCGUCACACUCAACAUGGAGAAAUACAACUUCCUGGGCAUCAGUAUUGUAGGUCAGAGUAACGACCGGGGAGACGGCGGCAUUUACAUCGGCUCCAUCAUGAAGGGAGGAGCCGUGGCUGCUGACGGCAGAAUAGAACCAGGAGACAUGCUCCUGCAGGUGAAUGAUGUGAAUUUUGAGAACAUGAGCAACGAUGACGCUGUGAGGAUCCUGAGAGAAAUCGUUUCUAAGACUGGCCCUAUUAGUCUCACUGUUGCCAAAUGUUGGGAUCCGUCUCCGCGGAGUUACUUCACCAUCCCUCGUGCGGAGCCAGUGAGACCCAUCGACCCUGCAGCCUGGAUUUCUCACACCACAGCGCUGACGGGACCUUAUCCACAUUACGAAUUUGAUGACCUGCCUCUGUCGGUCGGUAAAACAGACAUGGCAACCAUUGUGAAGGUGAUGCAGCUGCCUGACUCUGGCCUGGAGAUACGCGACAGGAUGUGGCUGAAGAUCACCAUCGCCAAUGCCGUCAUAGGUGCUGAUGUGGUGGACUGGCUUUACUCCAGAGUGGAAGGCUUCAAGGACCGGCGAGAUGCAAGGAAGUACGCGAGCAGUCUGCUGAAACACGGCUACCUGAGACACACCGUCAACAAAAUCACCUUCUCCGAACAGUGCUACUACACAUUUGGGGACCUCUGCCAAAACAUGGCGUCACUCAAUCUGAAUGAGGGAUCCAGCGGCGGAGGCUCUGAGCAGGACACGUUGGCGCCGCUACCUCCCACCACCAACCCCUGGCCUCUUGGCGGGCAGCCGUUCCCUUACCCUCCGUUUACGUCGGCGCCCCCUUGCUUCCCGCCGGGAUACUCCGACCCGUGCCACAGUUUCCACAGUGGGAGCGCCGGCAGCCAGCACAGUGAGGGAAGUCGAAGCAGUGGAUCGAACCCCAGCGCAGGCAAAGACAGACGCUCCCCGCAGGAGAAGGCUCAGAGGACGACGUGCUGCGAGUCGGAGCCGGGCGUCCGCGGAGCGAGGCGGGGCGACCGCUCCGCCAGCCAGAUGAGCCACCACAGCCACGCCAGGUCGAGCCUGAGCCACAGCCACUCGCACAGGAGCCACUCGCUGUCCCAGAGCAACCACCCCUCCUUCGGCUACAGCCACACCCCCUUCACCCAGCCGGGGCCGGGCUCCUGCGCGCAGAGCGAGCGGAGCCACGCCUCCUCCUACGGCCCCCCAGGCUUGCCUCCCCCUUACUGCCUAGCUCGCCUCGCCCCCAAGACCUCGGUGAGCAGCAGCACACCCCCCGGAGCGCCGCCGGGGAGGGAGCUGGCGUCCGUCCCCCCGGAGCUCACCGCCAGCCGCCAGUCGUUCCAGCACGCCAUGGGCAACCCCUGUGAGUUCUUUGUGGACAUCAUGUGACAGGACAGUGCCUUCAGAAACAAAACAAAAACACAGUGAGCACAAAACAAUCCUCCCUGAACUCACUUGGUGUUUUUCUUUUUUCUCCUCAGUCGAUUGAGCACCCUUAAAGCUGCGGUGUGUAACUUUUGUAAAAGACGUUGGUUGUUAUUUUAUUUCUUAAAACUGUCAGUGUGUCGUGACGGUACACAAUGAGACAGAUAAAAUGUGAAAUAUUCAACUUCCUCUACCUUUUCCCAGAUCUAACUGCAGAAAUACACAGUUCAGUCAGAAACAACCAAUCAGAGCCAGGAGGAGGGACUUAGCGCUGCCCAUCAUGCUCAUGUACCCACUUCUCACAUUGUCCUCCUUGCUCACCCAUGAAUAUUUAGUUUAAUUAGCAGAAUGCAGAUAAAAAAAUUAAAUGCACCAACAAAUCGGCCCAGGUUUCCUUCAUGUUGGGAUCGGCUGAAUGUGAAGCCGUCUGGAAAUGAACCGCUGAGGUUCAUGUUGGCACGUUUGCAGAUACCAAUACUGACUCCACUGUUACCAACUCACUGGCUUUCUUGCUAAAUUUAUUAACAUUUCAGACAAAAAAAAUCUGUUUUGGCCAAAAUUAGAAUCAGCAGGUCUGGUUUUUUAAAGAUUGCAACCAGAAACCUGCAAUCGAUGCAGGAAGAAUCAAAAACCCUACAAGCUUAUAUCAAGUCACCACCUAAAUAUUAUAGAGAAAUCCAAGAAUACAAUCCCUCAUCAGUCGAUAUUAAUUUAUUAAAUACAAUCAUAUUGAAAAAAUAAAAACAUCUGUAAAGCAUUAAUGAAAAUUUUAAUAAAAUAUGUGAUGAUGAAAAACAUUACACAACUCUUAAUGGACUUUUACAGAAUGCUAGUUAGCAUGUGCACCUAUGACAGUGGAUAAACAGUUUUCCUUUAACAGUAAGUUUUUGAGCAGCACUGAGACCUUCCUCCUGGCUCUCAUUGGUUGUUUUUGGGAGUGGUGCAUUUCUUUAGACAGCAGUAGGAGGGUGUAGAGGUCUCAUAUUAGCCUGUCACAACAUGGUGACAGUUUUAGUAAAUGUAUAAAGAACAGAUUUAUUUUUCAAUAAAAGUUACGUGCUGCAGCUUUACGUUCAGAAUGUAGAUACCACCCGGGCCCCUCCGCGGCCCCUCAGCUUCCCGAUGUCCGCAGACAGGAACGGGCUGCGUUAGCACAGAGGAAGGAUUCCUCUCGCUAUAAGCACAGGUGCUCCACCUGAACCCCUCCAGCCCCCAUGUACAGUUUGUGAAACGUUAGUUCUGUUCGGUGUGGUGACGUCUUCGAAGUUGCCACGCAGACAAUCUGGGGUAAAACCUCAGACGUCGUCUGUUCAGCGAGACCUUUGCCUUGGCUGGAACUGGAUCUCAAUCCCCCAGACCCAGACCCAAAACUCUGGACUCACGUCUGUUUGUGUCUCUGCCGUUUCUGGGGCUUCGUCGCCAGCAGCUUGCCAACACUAACCGUGAUCUGAGGACCCAACAACCGGCUGCCAGUUUGACCAAGGCUGCGUCGUGCAUGUCUGAACUGCUUUAAAGAAAUGUUAUGAAUUCGUUUUGUUUGAAGUAUUAACUAAGCUGGAGGGAAUAAGGUUCCCUCUUGUUCUAAAGGAUGAAUCCGUACACUGGAAGAUUUUGUGAUGUUAUUUAUGUGGUCAUGUUGCGUUGAUGAUGUUGUCGCAGUUUGUCUCCUCUAAGAUUCCUGACAGACAAUCAGACAUCACCCUUUGUGAAUCAGAGGCCACUUUCCGCUUUCUCAGCCGUUCGCUGUCAAACAUGCAACAGAUGUCAAAAGUCUACACACCCCGUAACUGCAAAAGGUUCUAAAUAAACCAUUUUUACAACCUUUUCCACCUUUAAUGUAAAAAUAUUAUCUCUAUUAUUCACCUGGAAAACAAGUAAAUCUGUCAAAAGGUAAAAUAUACUAAACAUAAAUGCGGCAAUAACCCGGUUGCAUAAGUUUCCACAACAUUAAAUGAUUCAAUCUUCUUCAGUUCAUAUCUGACAUGAAUUAUAGGGAAUUUCACGAACGUCAAAUCAAUUUCAGCUGUGCCAAAAGGAUUUUCCUCACAUUUGCAUUAUUCAGCUAAAGCAGAAGCUUAAGGAGAGAAUAACAAAAUACCUUAACAAUGUCACUGUACAGAGGUACUUUUUCAGAAGAAAAGUACCAAAAAGUAACAGUUUUACAUUUACAUAAACAUAAUUCAGUAGGUAGAGAACAUAUAUAACACUUGUUUUAUUUUACAUGACAAAAGGUUGAUGCGGUCUAGCAACAACCUGAUUUAAAGCUUCAAAAAUCCUGUGGACAAACAAACUCACACAAAAUGCAAAUCAUAAUGAAAAACACAACGGUCCCCAAACAGGAAACAGUAAAAAAAAA